CAUUGUCUUGUUUCCCCCCAUCUCCCCUCCUGUAUUUUAGCAUAUGUUCCUGAGGAAGAAUUGAAAGCAGCAGAAAUAGAUGAAGACAGCGUGGAAGAUGAUGGGCUGUCUCUGGACAUCCAGGAGAAUGAGUAUUUGUGCAAUGAAGAAGCGGAGAUCAAAGAGGCUCAAAGCUACCAGAACUCCCCAGUCAGCACUGCAACUAAUCAGGAUGCAGGCUAUGGUUCGCCGUUUAGUGAAAACAGCGAUCAGCUAGCCCAUUUCAAAAGCACUUCCUCUAAAGAAGAGAAAGAGGAUCCUCAGUGCACAGACAAUGUUUCCUAUCCACAGGACAGCCUGGCACAAAUAAAAGCUGUGUAUGCAAAUUUGCUUUCAGAGACUUGCUGGUCCAGUUUAGCUUUGGACUUAAAAAAAUCCAAUCCAACCACCAGCAACAACGGAAUCAGCCAGAAUGAAAACACGACCAGUACUGACACCAAUGCCAAUUCCCAGAGUACCUGUACUACCAGUACCAACACUAGUACCAGUACCACCACCAGUAGUACCAGUAACAGUAGUAGUAACAGUGGCGGCUCGGGUUACGACUGGCACCAAGCUGCGUUGGCUAAAACCCUGCAGCAGACCUCAUCGUACGGACUUCUCCCGGAGCCGAGUCUCUUCAGCACAGUACAGCUUUACCGGCAGAACAAUAAACUCUAUGGGUCUGUGUUCACCGGGGCCAGCAAGUUCCGAUGCAAAGACUGCAGUGCAGCCUACGACACGCUGGUGGAGCUAACCGUGCACAUGAACGAAACUGGACAUUACCGCGAUGACAACAGAGAUAAGGAAGCUGAUAAGACCAAGCGGUGGUCAAAGCCUAGGAAACGAUCGCUUAUGGAAAUGGAAGGCAAAGAGGAUGCCCAGAAAGUGCUGAAGUGCAUGUACUGUGGGCAUUCGUUUGAGUCUUUGCAAGACCUCAGCGUCCAUAUGAUAAAAACAAAGCAUUACCAGAAAGUGCCUCUGAAGGAGCCAGUACCAGCCAUCACCAAAUUGGUCCCUUCUACCAAAAAGCGAGCACUUCAGGACUUGGCUUCGCCUUGUUCACCUGAACCAACAGGAAUCACAGCAGAAGCUUCACUGGGUGAGUCUGCAAAGGAUCAGAAAACUGCCAACCCCUACGUGACUCCGAACAACCGCUACGGCUAUCAAAAUGGUGCUAGCUACACUUGGCAGUUUGAGGCACGCAAAGCCCAAAUACUGAAAUGUAUGGAAUGUGGCAGUUCCCAUGAUACUUUGCAGCAGCUCACUGCACACAUGAUGGUCACUGGUCAUUUCUUGAAGGUGACCAAUUCUGCUUCCAAAAAAGGCAAGCAGCUAGUGUUGGACCCAGUGGUGGAGGAGAAAAUACAGUCUAUACCUCUUCCACCCACCACCCAUACAAGGCUACCAGCCUCCAACAUUAAAAAGCAGCCCGAUUCCCCAGUGGGUUCCACAAACUCGGAGGAAAAGAAAGACCUAGAGAAGGAAAAGCUGGUGGUCACUGAAACAGAGAAAAAGAUUAAAGAAGAGAAUGAGGACUCUACAGAGAAAUUUGAGCCAACAGCUUUGUAUCAAUACCUCAGAGAGGAGGACCUUGAUGAUAGUCCUAAAGGUGGAAUAGACAUAUUGAAAUCCCUGGAGAACACAGUGACAACAGCCAUCAGCAAAGCCCAAAAUGGAGCCCCUUCCUGGGGUGGAUACCCCAGUAUUCAUGCAGCUUACCAGCUCCCAGGAACAGUCAAACCCCUUCAGCCUGCGGUGCAGAGUGUUCAAAUGCAGCCGUCCUACGCAAGCAGCGUGAAAUCGCUGUCGUCAGAACACAACGCUCUCAUCCAUUCCCCAGGCAAUCUCACACCCCCGCCUCACAAGAGCAACGUAUCUGCUAUGGAGGAACUGGUGGAGAAAGUUACAGGUAAAAUCAACGUGAAGAAGGAAGAGAAGCCUUUGGAGAAGGAGAAGAGUUCUCCAGUUAAACCCAUGUCACCUGCUGCUAAAGAAAACAAGGACUUCCCAAAAGCAGAAGAAAUAAAUAACAAACAGCAGCCAAAGAAGAGCUCUGAGUCUGAAGUUCAGAAGGUCAAAAAGGAUAUCCCAGCAGAAGCACAUACGCCAAAUGGUACAGAGCCACUUAAAACAAAGGUUGCAAAUGGCUGUAACAAUUUAGGAAUUAUCACAGAUCAUUCACCUGAGCCAUCCUUCAUUAAUCCAUUGAGCGCUUUACAGUCCAUUAUGAAUACCCACUUAGGCAAAAUUUCUAAGCCGGUAAGCCCCUCUCUGGACCCUUUGGCCAUGCUGUACAAAAUUAGUAACAGCAUGUUGGACAAACCCAUUUACCCAACCACUCCAGUCAAGCAGGCUGAUGCUAUUGACAGGUAUUACUAUGAGAACAGCGAUCAACCUAUUGAUUUAACUAAGUCCAAAAACAAGCCUCUUGUUUCCAGUGUGGCUGACUCUGCCUCAUCCCCGCUGAGGGAGAGUGCCCUGCUGGAUAUUUCUGAUAUGGUGAAGAACCUCACGGGGCGUUUGACACCCAAAUCUUCAACUCCCUCUACUGUGUCAGAGAAGUCUGAUGCUGAUGGGAGCAGUUUUGAGGAAGCUCUGGAUGAACUGUCACCAGUACACAAGAGGAAGGGCAGGCAGUCCAACUGGAACCCUCAGCAUCUUCUGAUCCUUCAAGCCCAGUUUGCUUCCAGCUUGAGGGAGACCCCAGAAGGCAAAUACAUUAUGUCGGACCUAGGUCCACAAGAGCGGGUACACAUCUCUAAGUUUACUGGUCUUUCCAUGACCACAAUUAGCCACUGGCUGGCCAAUGUGAAGUAUCAGUUAAGGAGGACAGGUGGAACUAAAUUUUUAAAGAACUUGGACACAGGACAUCCUGUUUUCUUUUGCAAUGAUUGUGCCUCUCAGUUCAGGACUGCUUCUACAUACAUAAGUCACUUAGAGACACACCUAGGGUUUAGUUUGAAGGAUCUAUCAAAGUUGCCACUUAAUCAGAUUCAAGAACAGCAGAAUGUUUCAAAAGUCCUCACAAACAAGACUUUGGGCUCACUUGGAAUUGCCGAGGAGGACUUAGGCUCCACAUUCCAGUGUAAGCUCUGUAACCGAACUUUUGCAAGCAAGCAUGCAGUCAAACUGCACCUUAGUAAAACACAUGGCAAGUCCCCAGAGGACCAUCUGAUCUAUGUAACUGAGUUAGAAAAACAAUAGCGUCCAGGUAAGCAGCCAGGUAUGCAAGUGACCACAGGAACAUUGCACUAAACUUCUUCAUAGUACUGCACUAGGCCUGACCUGAGCCUCUGAAAUCAGUCUUACUUUUGUUGCUGAACUGCCUAUCUGGACCUUGGUUUUUCUUACACUUAUUUUGUAGUUAUAUUUAUAUGCUCUUUGUCUGAUCUGUGCAUGGUUAUUUUUUUGUUUCUGUUUUUAUUUUUUGUGAGUCAAAGUCUGACCUUUAUUUUCAACAUCUGUCCUUGAUGUUAAGCUAUCUUUUGUAGAAUAUAGUGGGAGACACUAUUGAGAGACAUUAAUUUAGCCGUAAAGAAAGACACAAAGAACAAUGAUAAAGAGACAUCCUAAAAUUACAAAGUUGCCAUGACAAUAAAGGUCACAGAACCUGGUAGUGUCAAGUUUUAACCCUCUGAGAACUGUAAUAGCAUUUCUGUGCCUUUCCCAGUGACUAAAUAAGUAAAUAAGAAAAAACAAAAGGCUUAAAGGCAUUUCGUUCAAAUAAGAGCUGUUGGAAGCAGGACUUUAUUUUUUUUUAAUGAAUGAGCUUCCUUUUUUUUUUUUUUUAAUGCAGAACUGGUUUGUGAAGAUAUUGUGCAUGCAGUCCUUGGAAGAAGGAGAGCUGUGUAGUACUCAAGGGGUUAGGAAGCCACAACUGUAUAAGUUAAAUAAUAAUUAAAAAAAAAACAAAACAAGUUGCCACUAUGCCCAAUCCCUCUGGAUGCUGAGAAUUGCCACUUUUUGGCAAAAGGAAAAAAAAAAAAAGUAUGCAAGCUGUUAUUUAAAACAAAUGUAAAAAUGCUCUUUUCUUUCCUUUAUUUUUUUUCCUGUAAAAUACUGCAGUUUAUAGUUAUUUACAAAUGUUAAGCUUUGGUACAAGCUGACCUUUCUAUAGUGUGCUGCAUUGGUAAAUGAAAACAAAAAAAAUGGGGCAAAUGUUGGAUUCUGUUCCUUGUAAAUUGCCAGCAUCAGCUUAAAAAAAUACAUGUUACAUAUCGUACCAUUUUAAACUGUUCAACUUUCUUUGUACCUUCUGGCUGUAUGCUUUCUCUUUUAACUUUUUAUAUUGUCAUUUUAUAUUCGAUUUCUGUGUAUAUAAUGUAAAACCACACUUUUUGAAUAAAAUUUAGUUCCUGCAGCUUGAUAUAAAUAGAGGAAUUUUACUGGCACCUGCAUCUUUCCAGAUGCAUGUACUUAAAGGAACUAUCUGACAAAAAAAAAUAAAUAAAUAAAAAUAAAGCAAGCAAUGCACUAUGAAUUAUACAUUUUGAUGUUUUAUCAUUAAUAUUGUACAGUACAUUUUGGUUCACACAAUUAAAUCCACUGUUUUCUCAAGU